UGCACCUCCUCACCCCCCAUUCCGCCAUUAACGGAGUCCACAUACUCAGAGUUUAUUGCUACAGCGUUGAGGAGAAGUAAAGCAAAAAAACAAGAUGGUGGCAAAAAGUCGUUGGGUUUCACAAUUCAAAAUAAGCAACGAAGCCAGGCAAGCAAAGCUAAGCCUGAGUGCAUUAAUCAGUACCUUGGACUUUAAGUUUACUUGGGAUAAAACGUAGCAGCAAGGAACAAAGAUAGGCAAUAGCCACCCCCACAAUCUCCACCUCCAUAAUCCACCUUCCAAGCAAAGCGACUUUUCCAGUCAUACAACUUACUAGAUACUAUAUACCGUAUGCAAAUUACAAACAAGACCCUCCCUUACUAUCUUUUCCAAGCAUACCAUUAUAUAGAUAAAUCUCACAAGCUCACAUUUUUAUUGUAACAAUCUUGCUUAGGACAUAAAACCUUCUGAAAGAUGGGACUAAAAUCAUGGUUGAUCACUUUGCCGCUUGUGCUGAUCACCAUGCCUGCUGUCGUGAGAGCUCAAGGCACUGAUUUUGAUGCUGAGCAGAGAUUUAGCAGUGGCAUCCAGCUCUGGGGAGGGGAAGAAGAUGAAGAAUUGAAACCACUUUCAGCAUCAGAAUUCCCGGUAUGGAGAAGCAGUGGAGCAGAAAAGAAGGUGGUGAACGUUGAAAGCUUUGGAGCAGUAGGAGAUGGCAUUGCAGAUGACACACAGGCCUUUGCGAGUGCAUGGAAGAAGGCAUGCUUUUUGAGUAAUGCAGUUUUUUUAGUCCCUGAAAAGCGCGUUUAUAAGGUUAAUGUUACAAAAUUCAGAGGGCCGUGCCAAAACAAACUAAUCAUCCAGAUAGCUGGAACUAUUGUAGCCCCAGAAGAGCCCAGAAAUUGGGAUCCAAAAAAUCCAAGAGUUUGGCUAGUUUUCUCAAACCUGGAAGGAGUCAGGAUCCAAGGUGGCGGGAUCAUCGACGGAUCUGGCAGUAAAUGGUGGGCUUCCUCCUGCAAGAUCAACAAGACAAACCCAUGCCGAGGAGCACCAACGGCACUGACCAUUGACUCAAGCUCAAAGAUUAGGGUGAAGGGACUUGGCAUCCAGAGUGCUCAACAGAUGCAUUUCACCAUUUCACGCUCUGCAGCGAUACGGAUCUCCGGGGUUCGAGUAAAGUCUCCCCCAGAUAGCCCCAACACAGAUGGCAUUCACAUCAGUGAGUCCACUGAUGUGUCCAUCCAGAAUUGCCACAUUGGAACAGGAGACGAUUGCAUUUCUAUCGUGAAUGCCAGCUCGAACAUUAAGAUGAAGAACAUUGACUGUGGACCAGGACAUGGAAUAAGCAUAGGAAGCCUUGGGAAGGACAACUCUGUCGGCAUAGUUACAGGCAUUGUUCUCGACACAGCAAAACUCACAGGAACUACAAAUGGCUUACGAAUCAAAACCUGGCAAGGGGGAUCAGGAUAUGUUAGAUCUGUUCGAUUUGAAAAUGUAAAGAUGGAUAAUGUUGAGAACCCGAUCAUCAUUGAUCAGUUUUAUUGUGACUCCCCAAAAGUUUGUAAGAACAAGACAGAAGCAGUAAAGAUAAGCCAAGUCAUGUACAAAAACAUCAGUGGGACUUCAAGAACUUCCAAAGCCAUGAAAUUUGCGUGCAGCGACACAGUGCCGUGCAGCAACAUAGUUUUGAACAACAUUAACUUGGAGAGAGAGAAUGGAACUGCAGAGACUUACUGCAACUGCGCAAUGGGGUUCGAUUAUGGAUUUGUGAGGCCAGCAGCAGACUGCCUGCGCAAUGAUGUUAGCUCCGGUUGCAACGGUGGUUCGCUAAACAAUAACAAGAAGCAUGUUGAAAUCAAUACAGAACUAUGAGAGAAAUUAUGAACUGAAACAAAUUAAACUUUAAAAUAUAUAGUCAACAGAAGCCCAACUAUUCUGAUAUGGCCA